GCUGUUUUUCUUAGGAUGGGAUUUUUAUUUCUUACAUAUUAUAAUCAGAACGAUUAAUAGGUUAAUUUAGACAACAACCAGCACAAUAAUCUAUAAUUACUGCUAGUUGCAGCCCUGCUGUAUGUCCAUGGUCAUUAUUAUAUUAGCAGGAGCAUCAUUUUUUUUCUUCUUCCCCUCUCAAUUUUUAGGAUAAACCUGUUUCAUAACUGACCUUUAGUCAUUUUGGCAGCAUUUUUUAUUUUUUAUUGACAUGUGUGGUCAUGCUCUAAACUUUGUAGGAGGUGCAGGUUAUACUUCGACAGGAUCCAGGAAAUCAACCCUUUUCUGAACAGGGUGGCAAAAGACAGGCAAGAGAAUCCUUCCUCCUUAUCUGAUACUUAUACUUUUUUAUGUUUAUUGUGGUCUAAAGCUGCAACGAUUCCUCAACUAGUUGAUUGACAGAAAAUUAAUCAAAAAGCUAUUUUGAUAAUCGGAUAAUUGUUUUAUUCAUAUGUUAAGCAAUUUUACGUCGGAUUAAUUGAUAAUUACAAUAAUAGUUAGUUGACCCUCCGUCCUCUCCCCACGGUGGAAACAUGGCACUGAGCCAUCUGGAAAAGGCUCAGGUAUGGCUCUUCAAGGCAGUCAUGGGAGUCCUCUUCAUGCUGUUUCGCCUCUUCUCCCCUCGGAGACCUGCUGUGCCCGGUAAGAAGCUCCCGCUCAUCAGCAACCCUCUCCUGCUCAUGUCAGCGACGCAGCUUGCCAAGAAGAUUCGGAGAAAAGAGGUGUCAAGUGUGGAGGUGAUGCAGGCUUACAUUGACAGGAUCCAGCAAGUCAAUCCUUAUCUGAAUGCUGUUAUAAAAGACAGGUUUGAUGCUGCUCUCCUAGAGGCGACCCAGGCCGACAAGCAGAUUGAGGAGGAAACUGGAGGAGAGGAGGAGCUGGAGGACGAGCUGGGGGAUCGACUGCCUUUACUGGGAGUCCCACUCUCUGUCAAAGAGGCCUACGCCGUCAAGGGUAUGCCCAACACUACAGGUGUGGUCUCCAGGCGAGGAUUCCCGGCUAUAGUCGACGCUCCUCCGGUGGCCCUGUUGAAGAGAGCGGGGGCCAUCCCGAUGGGCGUCACCAACACCAGUGAGCUGUGUAUGUGGUACGAGUCCCACAACCACCUCUAUGGCAUCACCAACAACCCCUACGACCUGGAGAGGAUGGCAGGAGGAAGUUCAGGUGGGGAGGGCAGUAUACUGGCAGCAGCAGGAUCGGUCAUCGGCAUGGGCUCAGACAUCGGCGGCAGCAUCCGAAUGCCCUGUUUCUUCAACGGAAUAUUUGGCCACAAAACCUCUCCUGGUGUCGUGUCAAAUGAGAACCAUCACCCUCCUGUCACUGGCAGACAUAACGAGUUCGGCUGCAAUGGUCCCAUGUGCCGCUACGCUGAGGACCUGCUGCCCAUGCUCAAGAUCAUGGCGGGACCCAACGCUCACAUGUUGUCCUUGAACACGAAGGUUGACCUAAAGAAGCUGCGGUUCUUCACCGUCCCUCACGAUGGCGGCUCUCUAUUGGCAUACCCCGUCACCAAAGAGCUCUUGGAGAUUCAGAGGAAGGUGGUGAAGCGUCUGGAGGCCGACCUCGGAGUGGAAGUCCAAGAAGUGCGUUUCCCUGAGCUCCGCUACAGCUACCAGAUUUGGGACACCUACAAAGCUCUUCCUGACAAGGAGGGCAAGCCUCCUCCGGCGUUGGUUGAGCUGCUGGGGGAACCAGGACGACCCAUGCGGCCUCUGUGGGAGCUGCUGAAAUGGAUGGUGGGAAAAUCAGAGCAUACCAUGCCUUCUAUCCGUCUGUCCCUGUUGGAGAUGACCCGUGCGUCCAAACCCUCGGCCUUCAUCAUCCAGCAGAAGGAGAAGCUGCAGAAGAAAGUGGACGAGCUGUUGGGCACCGACGGUGUUUUUCUUUACCCCACGCACCCCAGAGUGGCUCCCAAACACCACCACACGCUCUUCAGACCCUUUGACUUCUGCUACACAGGUAUAUUCAACAUCCUCGGGCUGUCGGUCACACAGUGCCCUCUGGGUCUGAAUGAGGAAGGUCUGCCUCUGGGCGUGCAGGUCGUUGCUGGGAAGCUGCAGGACCGUCUGACCCUCGAGAUGGCUCUCUACCUGGAGAAGACGUUCGGAGGCUGGAGGGAACCCGGGGCCAACUAAAACCACACACUCACACGUCGACAGCCAUUACCAAAUCUAUCACUUUUAAUACUUCAGGGACAUUAAACAAGCUCACAUUGGCACAUAGACAACUCAUCAACUAUUGCCUUAUGUCAGCUAAGAAAUGCUUGUUGAUAUUGUGGCAUUCCUAAUGUUAGAAUGUGGCUGGAUGAUCUUCUCAAUACUUUUGAGGUGGAGAGGUUUAGAUAUAUUAGAAAUGAUCUUAUCUGAUGCCAUCUGACAACCUUUCAUUCAAUAUUUUUGCGAAGGCAACAAACAGAGUAAUGCUAUUGACAGGUUUUUUUUUUUUUGGUGGUGUGGUUGGUUGGGGGUGGGCUGGGUUUCUUUUAUACAUUUUUCUGUCUUCUUCCCUUCCCGUCCCUAAUUAUCUUUGUAUUGCAUUUGUAUUGUAUAUUUAAUUUAUGCAUACUGGCUCCACUCUCAAUGCAAAUGUUUAAAUAAAAAGACGUACAAUCAGAUCGCUGAAUGUUCAACUGGAAGAUUUUUACACUAAUGAGUUGUUCCAAUUAGUGUCAGUCAAGAUUUUAUAAUUUACCCCGUUCAAGGCCCAUGACAUCAUGAGCAAACGUUUUUUUUU